AUGGAAGUACGACGACGACGCAAUCACGGAGCCUCCGAUCCACGUGGAAUACUCGCGCUCGGGCAGCGCGGAGAUCCCGACAUUCGCGUUGCACGAGACCCCUUGGAUCAUCGUCUUCAGCCGUUCGGGAAACCCCUGGAAAAGCGUGUUGCCGCCGGCCACCAAGAUGUUCUCGUACAUGUCUUUGCACUCGUUGCGGUUGCAAUCGCCGAUCGACGCUUGGACCUGGCUGUGGAUGCCGUCCACGACGGGCCCGUCGAUGUGCCCGAUCAAAGAGGGAUCGAACAGCGCUUCGGGGCAUCGGAUGCUAUAUACAUGUUAGGAAUUGGAGAGGCGAAGAAGAUUAAUUCAACGAGUCCGACCCACGGCGCGCAGUCGUCCUGA